AUGGGUAUUCAUGGUAUCUACAAGGAGAUCGGCCCGGGAAAGCGCGUAGCCCUCUCUAAGCUUGCUGUUGAAAAGUUCGAAGAGACUGGUCGUCCACUGCGCAUUGCUAUUGACACAUCCAUAUGGCUUUUUCAGAUACAGGCUAGCAAAGGCGGCACGAACCCCGCUUUGCGCACCUUCUACUAUCGCCUCCUGCGCCUCAUCUCCCUUGCGAUCCAUCCUGUCUUCGUCUUCGAUGGACCGAACAAGCCGCCUUUCAAGCGCAACAAACGCACUGGUCCGAACGUCGCCUCCAUCCCCGAAUUUCUCGCAAAGCAGCUGUUGAAGCAGUUUGGAUACCCUAUACACCUCGCGCCUGGCGAAGCUGAGGCAGAAUGCGCGCUGCUCCAGCGAGAGGGGAUUGUGGAUGCUGUUUUGAGUGAAGAUGUAGACACUCUCAUGUUCGGAAGUGGCAUCACGAUACGCAACUGGUCACCGGAGAAGUCUGGGAAAACACCAACCCACGUCAACGUAUACGAUGCGGUCGAAACGAAGAACGGUCCGUCAGGGUUGGAUCGCGAGGGCAUGAUCUUGGUCGCGCUCAUGAGCGGAGGAGACUACGUUCCUGAGGGUAUACCUGGAUGUGGUCCCAAGACAGCAUGCGAGGCGGCCAAGGCAGGAUUUGGCGCAGACCUAUGCAAGAUUCCGAAGAACGACUCCAGGGCCAUGGCCGAGUGGCGGGAGCGACUACAGCAUGAGCUAAAGACGAAUGAGAGCAAACUCUUCAAGCGCAAGCAUGGCGCUCUCAAGAUCCCAGACGACUUCCCGCGGCUGGACAUUCUAGGCUACUACACACAUCCGGCGAUUUCGAAUCAAGCUGGUUUGGAAAAAUUGCGCCGGUCAAUCCACUGGGAUCAGGAGAUUGACUUUUCGGGUUUGCGCGAGUUCACCCAUGAUGCGUUCGACUGGGUCAAGCUCGAAGGCGCAAAACACUUUGUUCGCAGUCUAGCGCCAUCAUUGGUAGUGCGACAGCUACGCUUACGUGCUGGAAGCCUCGAUCGGUUGCCCUCAAACGAUAUCCAGGCCAUACAAGAAGACGAAGCCCUUCUCAUCAAAGGGUUACACGGGAAACGACAGCACCCGGUCACAGACAACUGUACUGAACUACGAGUCAGCUUCACGCCUAUCGAGCUUGUAAAAAUCGACCUUAGCAAGGAAGAUCCGGACGACGAUGUGGAAAUGCCACCACCCAGUUCCCAACAAGCUGGAGGAGAUGCAGACCUCGAUGACGAUGAUCUGGAAGAGGAUGGACCCAAGAAGCGCGGACCUACCAAGUUUGACCCAGAGAAAGCUGCGCGGAUAUGGGUGAUGGAGACCUUCGUCAAGGUUGGCGUACCACUCAAAGUUCAGGACUGGGAAGUCGAGCGACAGACGAAGCAGAAGCCCAAACGCGCAGCAACUGUGCAGGAGCCUGGCAAUGCUGCACCAAAGGCCAAGGCCGCACCCAGGCGAACGAAGACUGCCGGAGAUCAACCACAGGCUCGCAUCGAAACCUUCGCCAAAGUGACCAAACCGGGCUCAAAGCUCUCGCGAGCACUUGCGAAGACACAAGAAAAGACUGCCGAACCUCCUCUCCCUGUCCGGAAGCUUGUGCUGCAGGAAGACGAUGUGGUUAGCCUGCUUUCUUCUUCCCCGGUGAGGACUCAGGUCACAGUACCGCCACCACGUCCUGAACGUGAGAAGUCGCUAUCUCCUGUUCUCCUAGACCUACCUCCAAGUGUGAGCAAACGGAGAAGACGCGCACCGAUCCAACGUUCGAAGACGCUGCCGGCUAAUACCAGCAGUAUCCUCGAUCGGCCUUCUACACCACCCCUUCUGGAUACGAUAGAAGUAUUGGACUUGGCGGACUCACCAGCGCAUCCCUCUCCUUCUCAACUACCUGCGAAGAAAGCAAGAACAAGGAACACCAAAGCCGCACCAGCUGCAAGACCGUCUCGGGGUGUGUCUGUAGCAUCGCAAGCAACAUUGGAUGCAUGGCGAGCAUCGGUCACUCCGACUAAACGGCGAGGUGUGACACCAGGACUCGAUGCAGCACCAGUGCCAGCACCACCAAAGCUCCGAUCUCUAUCGGAAGAAGCAGACUCGCUGGAUUUGACCCUUUCUUCGCCGGAACGGUCAACGCGACAUCAGCGAAGUAGCAGCGUACAACAUCCCACAACAUCUACGACGCGUCCACCAUUGACAUCGAUAUCAUCCAAUGCGUCACACACCUCUACAGCAUCCUCUACGUCUAACAAGAAGAAGAGCAUAAAAGAUGUGUUUGGUGCAUCGCGACCCCGCCGUACCUCGCCUCGUCUCAGCAAAACCAUGUCAGCGCCUUCUGAAGUCGAAUCUCUUGACCUCACAUCGCCACGCCUUGUUCCAGCGAAGCUAAGAUCAGAAUCGCCAAAACAUGAUACCCUGGAUCUCACGUCACCAGGACUCCUCUCAACGAGACCACAGUCAGUGUCUUCCAAGGUCGAUAUGCUUGACCUGACGGAACUCUCAUCACCGGUGUUUGAGCGCGCACCGGAACCUCGUGGGAAGCCUGCAGCCCCCACACCAGCAUCUCCCCCACCGACUCACACAUCACCUUCUUCUCUCCGCCGAUCACCGCGCAGCCACGAAUCGACUUCACCACAAUUGCCAUCUCGAACGUCACCGCCAGCAGCAUGGAAGACACGAGAGAAGAAAAAGCGAGCAAUCGUUUUGCGGAAAAGCAUUGUCGGCGCCUGGGACUUUGUGGACGUGAAUAGCCCUGAGAAGACCGGGGACAGUGUAGCGGAAGUUGUACUCAAGGGAAAAGAUAGGCGGAAAUGGAGAGAAAGCGCUGUAGAGGUUCUGGAUCUUACAUAG